AUGAUUAAAUUUGCAACAAGAACCAUUAAUUAAUUUAUGCAACAAUAAAAAGAUUUAUUUGCUCACUACAAGCAGCCAUUAAUUAAGGAAGACUCCUAUGUGACCGGCUUGAAAUUAGCUAAUUCUUUAAAGGGAAGUGAAUUGGUCCCCUUCAUCCCUAUAAAUGGAAGACAAGUGAAGUAUUAUAUCUACUUAAAUGCAAGCUUUUACUAUUGCGGUCCAACAGUAUACAGUAACUCUCAUUUGGGCCAUGCUAGGUAAUGAUAUUGUUGUCAUGUUUGUAGAACAUAUUUGGGCAUUGAUGUAAUAAGAAGAACAUUAAGAGAUUAUUUUAAUUAUGAUCUUUUAAGUGUCAUGAAUAUCACCGACAUAGAUGAUAAGAUCAUUAAUGGAGCAAAAUUAGCCAAUUAAGACUUUCUUGAAUUUACGAAGGUUUGGGAAAAAGAUUUCUUUUCCGCCAUGGAAGCACUAAAUAUCGAAUUGCCUGAUGUUAUAACCAGAGUCAGCGAUUAUGUCCCUGAGAUUGUUACUUUCAUUGAAAAGAUCAUCUCCAAUGGAUAUGCUUAUGAUAGCAAUGGAAGUGUGUAUUUUGAUGUGCAAAAGUAUUUGGCUGAUGGAGUAUCUUUAAUAUUUAAGUAAACUAGCACACAUAUCCUAAAAUGAGACCAGAAAUGAAUGCUGAUUUAUUAUAGGAAGGAGAAGGAGAAUCAUAGGCAAAUAAAUAAUCAGAAAAAAAAAGUCCUAACGAUUUCGCCCUUUGGAAGGCAAGUAAGCCAGAAGAACCUAAAUGGCCUAGUCCUUGGGGAGAAGGUAGACCAGGAUGGCAUAUUGAAUGCUCUGUGAUGGCUAGUGCUAUUUUGGGAAACCCCAUCGAUUUACAUGCAGGAGGCAUUGAUUUAAUAUUCCCUCAUCAUGAUAACUCUUUAGCAUAAGCAGAAGCAUGUUUCAACUGUGAUCAAUGGAUCAAUUAUUUUAUCCAUCUUGGUCAUCUCAAUAUAGCUGAUCGCAAGAUGUCCAAAUCUCUCAAGAACUUCCUCACAAUUGAUGAAGUUCUCAAGAGAUACACUCCAAGAUAGAUCAGAUUAAAUUUUGCAAUCCAUUAAUACGAUGCAGUUAUGAACUAUUCUGAAGAACAAGUUGAAUAAGCAAUCUCAAAAGAUAAGGCAUAUCAAGAAUUCUUCUAAAAUACUAAGAUUUAUUUGAGGGAAUCAUAAGUCACUGGUCCUUAAAAGUGGACAUAAAACGACUUUUAAAUCAGCAAUUUGCUUAGAAAUACAAAAUAAGUGAUCCAUGCAGCAUUGCUUAAGAAUUUUGAUUUUCCAACUGUUAUUGAUGCAAUUGAUAAGUUAAUUAACCAAGUUAAUGUAUAAAUUGCUGGCAAAACAGUUAGAGCUCCUUUAGUUUCUAGUGUUGUUCAAUAUGUGAAUUUUAUUUUGGGAGUAAAUAUUUAAGUUAUAAGUUUAGUUAGUUGGACUCAACUAUCAAACCUAAAAUAGUAAUUCGUCAGACAUCAAGUCAAUAAUGGCUGAGGUAUGCUCCAUAAGAGAUUAAGUUAAAUUGGCUGCAAGAAAAGGGGAGUUUGAAGCAAUUUCAAAUAUUGUCUCUUAGAAGCAAUUCUAAUAUGAAAAGAACUUAUCAAAUGGAAUUGUAGAUUGCAUCAACCAAUUUUAAUAAUAGGUGUUGGCUGCUUCUUAAGAAAAAAAUAAAUAGCAAUUGUUUUAAUUAUGUGACAGAUUGAGAGAUGAAUAAUUAUUUGAGUUAGGAAUUAAGAUUGAAGAUAAAGAUAAAGAAUAAGUAUAAGAUUGCAUAAUAAUUAGGCAUCCAUUUGGAAAUAAUAUGAUCCAAAGGAAUUGAAAUUGGAGAGAGAACAAUAAUAAAAACUGAUUUAAUAAAAGGAAUUAUUAAAGAAGAAGGAAGAAGAGAAAAAGAAAUAAGAAGAAUUGGAGAAAUUAGAAAAGGCAAAGGUUCCUCCCAAAGACCUAUUCUUAUCUUAAUUAGAUAAAUACUCAGAGUUUGAUGAAAAAGGCAUACCUGUAAAGGAUAAGGAAGGAAAUGAAUUAUCCAAAAAAUAGAAAAAGGUUGUCUAAGACUUAUGGGAAAAACAAAACAAGCUUCAUAAUCAAUAUUUAGAAACAUUAAAGAAAUAGUAAUAAUGA